CUAGAACCAUAAAGUACAAAUUAGUUCAAAAGAAACCUCCAAUAAUACUGUCCAAGGGACAAGAAAUAAACAGAGAGACGAAGAAGAAGAAGAAGAUGGAGGUCUCUGUUCUGCUGGAAAUCGUGUGCUGGCUAUUCAUUUCAGGACUUGUUUGGUUUAUCAUUCAUCUGUAUAAGACAACCUUGCUUAGGUCCCAGAAGGUGAAGAGGAAGCUUCGUGUGCAAGGUAUAAAAGGGCCUACUCCUUCCUUUCUCUGUGGAAAUCUCUCAGAAAUGCAACAAAUACAAUCCAUGGCUAUCAGCUCUCGCAAUCAUGCUAAUAUUGUAGCUCAUGACUAUGCUUCCUCCAUCUUCCCAUAUUUCGAGCACUGGAGAAAACAAUACGGUCUAAUAUACACGUAUUCAACCGGGUUGAAGCAGCAUUUGUAUAUUAACGACCCAGAAAUGGUGAAGGAAAUGAACCAGUCCAUUAGUUUGGACUUGGGGAAGCCAACUUAUAUGACCAAAAGGCUCCAACCUAUGCUCGGUAAUGGUGUUAUAAGGUCCAAUGGCCACCUUUGGGCUCAACAGCGCAAAAUCAUUGCUCCAGAGUUUUUCAAGGAUAAAGUCAAUGGUAUGGUGGGGUUGAUGGUGGAGUCGGCACAACCAAUGUUGAGAAAAUGGGAGGAGUUUGUUGAAGCUGAAGAUGGUUCCCCAGUAGAUAUUAGAGUUGACGAGGACUUAAGAGAGCUUUCAGCUAAUGUUAUUGCAAGAGCUUGUUUUGGGAGUUCUUAUUCCCAAGGAAAACAGAUCUUCUCUAAGCUUAGAACCCUCCAACAACUUCUUAGCAACGAAAGCUCUCCUUUUAGUGUCACAGAUUUUGGGUUCUUUGCAAGUAAGAAGCGAAAACGGCUCAGCAGCUUGGAAAAAGAGAUAGAUUCGUUAAUUUGGGACACAGUGAAAGAACGAGAAAAACAAUGCUCAGAGAAAAGUUAUAUCGAGAAGGACUUAAUGCACCGGUUACUUGAGGAGUCAGUUAAUGAUAGCAAUAGUAGCAAAUUUUCAGCAAAGAGUUUCAUAGUUGAUAAUUGCAAGAACAUGUACUUUGCAGGUCAUGAAUCUACUGCUACUGCUGCCUCCUGGUGCUUGAUGCUUCUCGCUUUAUAUCCAGAAUGGCAAUCUCGUAUCCGACAAGAGGUCAAUCAAUUCUGCAGUGAUGGUCUAGAUAAAAAUUCGAUAUCCAACUUGAAAACGUUGACUAUGUUGAUUCAAGAGACAUUGAGGCUAUACCCACCAGCAGCAUUUGUGUCAAGGGAGGCACUAGAACAAGUUCAAAUCGGCAAAAUCAGUAUUCCAAAAGGUGUAUGCAUAUGGACAUUAAUACCGACCUUGCAUCGAGAUCCUAUUUUAUGGGGACCAGACGUUAAUGAGUUUAGACCAGAAAGAUUUGCAGAUGGUAUCUCUAAAGCUUGCAAAUUUGGACAUGCUUAUAUCCCAUUUGGCGUUGGGACUCGCUUGUGCUUAGGCAGAAACUUUGCUAUGAUCCAGUUGAAGAUUGUUCUGUCUCUGAUUGUGUCCAAGUUUACUUUCUCUUUAUCUCCCAAUUAUCAACACUCUCCUGCUUUUAGAAUGCUCGUGGAGCCUCAGCAUGGCAUACAAAUUGUAAUUCAAAAGGUUUAGCAACUUUUUACAAAUAAACUUCGAAAACAACUUAAUUAGUAAAUUAAUUCAGUCUGUCUUUGUCUCCAGCACCAAGCUGCUAUAGUAUAGGAUAUAUAUAAUAAAGUUCUUGCUGUAACUUGUUAGUGGACCAUACGGAUUUGUGUAUGUGCUAUUAUGGCUUUCUUUUCUCUUAAAAAUGACCCAAGAUGGCUUUCUU